AUGACCACAUCUCCAUCUCUGCCCUGUCUGCAGUCUAGGCCCAUGAUGGGGGACACAACACCACCUCCUGCAUUUGUUGACAGCUCUGGAGGUGAAAUAGUCCUGAAUGUGUAUGAAGGAGGUCAUGAACUCCUCAAGGCUUCUGGCUCUCCCUGCCCUUUGGACCUGCUGCCAAUAAAAAGGGCCUCACGAAAGUCUUGGAUUGAGGGAUUCUUCUCCAAAAGAGAGUGUGUGAAGUUUAUCCCUUCAUCUCGGGACCUGCAUAGAUGUAUUCCCGUAUGUCAAGUGUGCCAAAACUUGAUCAGAUGUUGUUGUGGCCGCCUAAUUGGGGAGCACUCUUGGCAAGAGUCCCCUCCCCCCAUAUCCCUCUAUCCUGGUCCUGGACAGGACCUGGAAGAGGACUGGUCCAUAGAGCUCCACACCAAAGCCAGUCCCACCAAUGCCUAUGGGACCAUAGACUUUCAGGACACUGCUACACGCGUAUGCCGGGCCAAGUAUGUUCGUGUGGCCGUGGACUCCAAGCCAGAGCUGCUGCUCCAACUGAUGUUGAGGGAGUGGCAGAUGGAGAGACCUAAGCUGCUUCUGACUGUCCAGGGGGGCUCAGAAAACUUCACCCUGCCCGUUAAGGUCAAGCAGGCCUUCAGCAAAGGGCUGAUCACUGCCGCCCUCAGCACAGGAGCAUGGAUACUCACUGAUGGCAUUAAUACAGGUGUGUCUAAGUAUGUGGGCGAGGCAGUGAAAACAUUCGGGGGUCACAACCUGAGGAAGAGAAACACAGUCGGCAUCACACCAUGGGGAGUCAUUGACAACAACAUGGACCUUAUAGGCAGAGAUGUGUUCAGGCCCUACCAGCCACUGGGGAACCCUCUUAGCAAGAGGGCCUGUCUUAAUGGUUUCCACUCCCACUUUCUGUUGGUGGAUGAUGGAACGCUGGGAAAGCACGGCUGCCAACACGGCCUCAGGAGGAAGCUGGAGAAACACAUCCAUCUACAGAAGAUACACCCUCGACUGAACCAAGGAGUGCCUGUGGUAUGUGUGGUGGUGGAGGGAGGCCCUGCCAUUGUGUCCACAGUGUUGGACUAUGUUAGCAAUGUGCCCCCUGUGCCAGUGUUUGUGUUCGAGGGAUCGGGCAGGGCUGCCGACCUGCUCGCCUUCUUACACAAGCAGACUGCUAAUGACAGGCAGUUAGAUGCUGACAUUAAAGAGGACUUCAUUGUCAGGAUUGGAGAUGUGUUUGGAGUAGAGACAGCAGAAGCUUCUCAGCUUUGCAGUCUCCUUCUGCAGUGUAUGGAUCACAGAGAGUCUAUAACCAUCUUUGACUCCGAGUCAGAGGACCAAACGGCACCUGAUGCAGCCAUUUUGACAACUAGUCUGAAGGGCACCAAGGCCAGUCCUGCAGAGCAGCUGAGUAUGGCCCUCGCCUGGGACAGGGCUGACAUAGCACAGAAAGAUGUCCUGGUCUACGGACAGCAUUGGCCGGUGGGUUCCUUGGAGCAGGCCAUGCUGGAUGCUCUGGUGAUGGACCGGGUUAGUUUUGUCAAACUGCUGAUUGACAACGGCAUGACUAUGAGCCGCUUCCUUAGUGUGGAUCGCCUGGAGGAGCUCUAUAACACGCCACAGGGGCAGACGGACAGUUUCCUGCACCACCUCGUUGAAGAUGCAAAACAGACUUCUCUUCCCAUAGGAUACCGUCUGUCUCUCAUUGACGUGGGCCUGGUGUUAGAGUACCUCAUAGGAGGAGCGUAUCGCAGCAUCUACACACGGAAACACUUCAGAGCUGCCUACAGCAACCUUCAGCACAAAGAGGGUAGAAGGGACAGUUCCAACUCCUUGUCCAAACAGAGACGGGGAUUAAUACCAAACUCUGCGAGGGGCAGGACUCUCCAGGACCUGCAGUUCUUUAGAACAGCUCAGCCUUACAAACCCAAGGAGCAGGAAUUAUCACCCGGGAGCAGUCGGGAGAUCACGUUGAGCCCUGGCCUUGUUAAUGUUCUACUGCUUGUUCCCUUCAACUUCAACGACCUGUUUGUGUGGGCCAUUCUUCAUCAGCGUCAGCAGAUGGCACUGUUCCUGUGGCAGCACGGUGAGGAAGCGCUGGCUCGUGCAGCAGUGGCUUGUAAGCUUUACCGCUCCAUGGCCUUUCAGGCACGGCAGAGCAGUCUGGACGACAACAUUUCAGAGCGAUUCAAGUCACAUUCACUUGAGUUUGGUCAGCUGGCGGUCAACGUGUUAGACUGUGCAUUUCGCCAGAAUGAGCAGAUGGCAAUGAAGCUGUUGACUUCAGAGAUGGAGGCAUGGAGCCACUUCACCUGUCUGCAGAUGGCCGUCUCCUCAUGUCAUCGGCCAUUCGUCUCACACUCCUGCACUCAGACCCUCCUCACAGAUGUCUGGACCGGUCCGCUCAACAUGAGAAAGAACUCCUUUGUGAAGAUCAUUUUGAGCCUUCUUCUGCCCCCUGCUAUCUUGCUACUGGAGUUUAAAAGCAAAGCUGAAAUGUGCCAUGUACCACAGUCCCAUGAGGCAAUGCUUUUUGGGCUUGAGUCUGUGAAUUCUGCACCAGCCAACGAGGCAACUGAUCACACGUGUCUUUCCUGCAUCACAAGACUCUAUGACUUCUACACAGCUCCUGUUGUCAAGUUUUGGUUUCACACAAUGUCCUACUUGGCCUUUCUGAUGUUAUUCUCCUACGUUGUCCUGGUGGAGAUGCAGGCACAACCCAGUGUUCAGGAGUGGCUGGUUAUAGCGUACAUCUUGUCCACUGCAGUGGAGAAAACCAGAGAGGUACUCAUGUCUGAGCCGAGGAAGCUGAGCCAGAAGCUAAAGAUUUGGUUCUCAGAGUACUGGAACGUAUCAGAUUUCAUUGCCAUCGUCCUCUUCCUGGCUGGAUUGACACUGCGUUGGCAUGCCGAUCCCUACCGGACGGCAGGACGGUUAAGUUACUGUCUGGACAUCAUCUUCUGGUUCAUCAGGGUGACGGAUCUGCUGGCUGUCAACCAGCAUGCUGGUCCUUACCUCACCAUGAUCACUAAGAUGACCAGAAACAUGUUCUUCAUAGUGGUGAUGAUGGCAAUAGUGCUGCUGAGCUUCGGGGUGUCCAGGAAAGCCAUCCUGUCCCCAGAUGAGGACCCGUCCUGGAGCCUGGCUAGAGACGUAGUCUUCCAGCCCUACUGGAUGAUCUACGGAGAGGUCUACGCAUCCGAGAUAGAUCCAUGUGAUGACGGUCAUCCGUGUCCUCCCGCUUCCUUUCUGACGGCGUUCCUCCAGGCUGUCUAUAUGUUCUUCCAGUAUAUCAUCAUGGUCAACAUUCUCAUCGCAUUUUUUAACAACAUCUACUUUGACAUGGCAUCAACCUCCAAUAAGCUGUGGAAGUACAACCGCUAUCGCUACAUAAUGACCUACCAAGACAGGCCGUGGCUGCCUCCGCCGCUUAUCCUCCUCAGUCACAUGACCUUAGGUUUGAGAGCCAUCUACAGGAGAAUUAGUGGGGAUGCUGAGUGGGAGGAGAGAGGCUCUGGACUUAAGCUGUACCUGGGCCAUGAGGAUCGUAAGAGGCUCCAUGAGUUUGAGGAGAAAUGUGUUCAGGCUUACUUCCACGAGAAGAGUGAAGGUCUCCACGGCAGUCAAAUUAACAGGAUCAGAGCCACAUCUGAGAGAGCCGAGGAGAUGUGCAUGAUGGUGGGGGAGGUCUCAGAGAAGGUCAUCUUCAUUCAGGACAGCCUGUUGGAGCUGGACUGUCAGCUGGGUCAACUCCAGGACCUGUCGGCUCUGGCUGUGGACACCCUCACUCUGCUCUCUGCUUCAGACAGCCUGCAACAGGAGGAGGCCCGCCUGGCUCAAUGUCAACUCAUCACAGCUUCCCGCAACAUCCUCCCUCACAGCUGGACCCUCCCGCACAGAAGUGGAGCAGACUGCGAUGUACUUAAUAUGCGGCGAGUGAUGCCCAAGUUGUGUAAAAGUACCCAAGUGGCGAGUAGACUGGCAUCUCAGGAGUGCAAUGUCAGAGCUAAGGGGAGCAGAGGAGGAAGACAAGGACACAAUGAGGAUGGAGAGGAAGUAGCAAAGGAGGAUUCACAGUCUGCUACUGUUGACCAUCCCAGUGAGAAUUGCCUGGGUGUUUCUAGGCCUGCGCCUAAUGCCUCCUCUCACUUUUACGGAAGUGGAGUUCAUCUGCUGGGUUUCAGGGAUCAGACACCCUGUCAGUCCUGUGGACCGUCCCGCUGUGGGUCUCCUAUUUCUCCCAGAAGCUUGGAGUCAUCACAUCAUAAACUAUGUACAUGUGAGCCAUACCUGUAUCCCAGUCAGGAGGAAACUUCCAUGGAAGAGGAGGAGGAGGAAGAAGGAGAAGAAGAAGAGGAAGAGCAAGAAGAGCAAGAAGAGGAAAGGACACAUGAACAGCUGUCUAAUGUAGAUGUAUCCAGAGCCUCUUCCACUGCUGCCCUUCUGUCUGAGCCUCGAGACAUCUCUGAGGGUUUGGUAAAUCCUGCCUUUUCUCCGGAUGAUAGCCAACCAGGUUCUCGGUUCAGAGCUUCCAGCCAAGGUGGAGGGUCUGUUAAAUCCCCCAGGUGGGCAUGUCUGUCCAGAGACCGCCCCUAUGGCCACUGCAGAUCCCUGUCAUCCAGUGUGGAGAAUAUGACUUUCUCUGGGUCACCCCUCGGUCCAAUGAGGGGAUCAUUUCCUACGCUUAAUGACCCCAUGGACAAAGAGAAGAGUUUUAGUGACAACACAUUGCUACUCAGCAGCAGGAGCAAAGAGUGGUCCAAGUCCUCUGACUUCACUCAAGUUUUAAACAGCAGAGGCAAAAGCCAUAACAGGAAGACAGUGAAGAUACAAGAGAGCAGUCCAGAUAUUGCAACCACGCAAUCCAAUCCGUCUGCUGCCUGCUGGAAAAGGCACCAGAGAUUGAGAGGACAGCCAACAUGUUGGUCGGCUUCAACCAGUCUCAGUCAGCUUGAUUUUGAACCACUGGAUUCUUGGCAAAAGCAAAUGUUUUCCUAUCAGGAUUUUUGGAGCCCCACUCACUCAGCAUGGAACAGCUGGGCCAGAUCAAUGAGCCGCAGGUCUUCUUUACAGAGUGGGCUUGCCCCUGAAGUGAAGAGCUCCUCAUUCCAGUCCACUGACAAUUUGUAUCCGCACUAUUCAGCUAUGGAGAGAAACAAUCUGAUGAGACUGGCUCACACCAUUCCCUUCACUCCUGUCUCCAUUCUGGGAGGGGAAGAGGUGAGCGUCUACUCACUGGAGGAAGUGUCCUCUGAUGCUGACCCAGAUUCCGGCACAGUCCCCUCCUGGUCAUCACAAGGCCUGUCUGCCAUGCUGCAGCCCCUCUCCAGUGAAGAGGGCUCUAUGGAUGGGGGUCUCCGGCGGGGCUGCAGGGUGCUGUGUACCUGGGCAGAACGGGACGUGCUCAGAACUGGUCUGGUGUAUGUGGUCAAGGCCUUCAGGCCAGAGGUGGUUCGCGACUGGCAGAGGUACUUCCAUGGUAGCACAGCACUGCAGCUUUGUUUAAGGGAGAUCCAGCAGCAGAGAGCAGCCCACAAGAUGAUGCAAGUGUUCAACAAGGUCAAACCUAAGGAUAUUCAUCACUCACCAAGAUUUCUAGAUGUGGCGCUGGUCCUCUGGCAUUCAAAUGGCCAGUGGCUGACUAUUGAGAGGAACAUGUCCGGAGACUUCAGGAAGUACAACAACAACACUGGAGAAGAGAUCACCCCCUGCUGUUCACUGGAAGAAAUGCUUCUAGCAUUCUCCCACUGGACAUACGAGUACUCAUGCAAAGAGCUUCUGGUGCUCGAUAUACAAGGAGUAGGAGAGGAGCUGACUGAUCCAACAGUCAUUAUGGCAGACUGUCAAAGUGGUAGCAGGGGUGAGAUGCUUUUUGGUCCAGAUAACCUCGGAGAUUCUGCCAUCAGCGGGUUCCUGCAGAAACACUCUUGCGGUGCCUGCUGCCGAAGACUGGGCCUAGCAGAUUUCUCCAACAAAUCAAACCAAAUUAUUCAUGCCGGAUGCAUGGACUUCCUCCCAGACCUAUUUAAGGAAGUGUCCGGACAGCUGGGAGAACAGUAGCGAGGCAGAGCCGACAUUGGGGAAAGAAGAACAAGAGUGCGAUGAAACCAGCAUAUAGCCUUUGACCCAGGAAGUAGGGAAAGAACCACACAUGCACUUUUACCGACAAAUAUACAGAGACAUGUCUGCAUACGUACACAUAUGUUCUCAUAAAAUAUGGUCUACGGAGUCCUGCGUCAGCCCUGUUUCCUUUGCAACGGAAACAGGGAGAUAGAAGAUCGAACCCUCAUCACAAGCAGUCUGUGAUUGGACACUAGAGAUUUUAUCACUGUAAGUUAUUCUUAUAAAAUAAUUAAGCUGGUUUGUGUAAAUCAUAAUAGGAAAUAAACUAAUAACAAUACAAUAAUAGGUUGAAAUUACUAUUUUCUGUACUUUGUAUAUAAAUAUUUUGAUAUUUAGGCAAUGACAAUUACUGUUAUGAUUAACAUGCAAAUUAAACAUUAUGGAUUCAUUUGACAAGGAUAACAUUUUUCAAUGUUUGGCCAAAAUAAAACAAGUCAAAAAUCUAACAAUGUAUGUGUGAGACAGAAAAACAAGGCAGAAAUGCACCCAUAAAAUUCCUUUUAUUUUUUUUUCUUCCCACAACAAAAUGUCUACAAAAGCGAUAAAAUAUAGAAUUUAACAAAAAUCACUUCAGACCUUCACAUUGUAUAUACAUCUCAAAGGAGGACUCAGUAAGGGCCCUGCAUAGCUCUGAACUUCAACCCAUGCUGAUCCAUCAAAUGUGGGUGUUUGUGGCUCUCCUUAAUGCAAAUGCACGCACAAACACUCUUUCAUUCUCAUGUGAAAAUAAAAAAAAAAUCUACAGUAGAGCUGAUGGUUUUAUAGUAGAGUCAGAGUUCAGAGUCCAGCAGAGUCCCCUCUCUCCAUAUGAAAAAAGCAUAAAAUGUAAAAACUGUUUGUCAGUGUAAUCAAACACAUUUUCCUCUGUUUUGAUUGGUUUCUCAAGUAAACUCACACAGUAAAGCAUCUACGCCCCACUCUGCCAAUCCUUCCUCUCCUCACUAGCUAUGGCACUUUGAAAACAACAAAAGAUGUGUCUCAUUUUAUUGUAUUUUUUGUUUUGUUAUGUUAGUCCUGUGUAAAAGAGGUUCUGUAGCCCAAGCACCUUUCUAGGUUUCGGUUACAGAUUGCUACAUUUUGUUUUAUUUACUCUUGCUAUGACGCAAAGACAUUCUAAACAAUAAAUUAACAAUUUUUCAACACUACUCCAAUUGCACGCAUGUGUAAUGCAUUAAGAAAGUAUACAAAGCAUUGGUCGAGCAAACAUCUCAUUCUCUCUUUCUCUCUCUCUCUCACAGUCACACACAUAAACUCACACAGGUUUUUUCUCAGGAAAGGAGGUUUGGGUUGGAGUGUAUUUGACUAAGUGUAGGAAAUGCAUUUCAAACCAAGUGUAUUAAAAAUGCCUGCACAAAUUGUCCGAGUCGUCACGUAGGAUGACGCCUAGUUUUAUUGUGCGCUCUGCGAUGUCAUUCUGUGUUGAUGGAGUGGUAAAGGCGCAUGAUGUGUUCAGCCCCUCACACUGAACAGGCUACUCCAUAACAUUCAGAAUAGAUACCCCCCCACACAUUGUUCCCUCCCGCUGCAGGUUAAGGGUCUCUGAUCCAGUUCAAUAAGGCCAGUUCAGAGGGAUGUUCACAAACUGGUCAUACCAUCUCACACAUUCAAAAGUUGAGAAAAAAAAUAAUUUCAAAUCGAAUCGCAAAAAUCAAAAUUUAAAUUGGUUGUGUAUAAAUAAGAGCAUUUUUAUUCAAAAAUUCUUCCAGCUAGUGAAAGGACUUUUCUUUGAACUGACUGAAUUGACAUGAAAUUUGCCCUGACCCAUCGCCCCCCUUGCCAAUAACCCCUCCCUCCCACGAAACUCACAAUAUCAUGAGAAGAAAAAAAACACAAAUAAACCCCAAAUGUUUCAUUGCAAUGAAACGUCAUGCAAAUAUAACAGAACAACAAUAGGCUAAUAGUAAUAGAAGAAUAGUAGUCAUAAUAAGAACAAUAAUAAUAGUAAAUAGUAAUAAAAUAAAAAAUAAUCUUACAAUGCAAACAUGACAGUAGUAAAUGCCUCCAGUUCUUAUUGCUACAGUAUCUUACUUACAGCGUUGCGUUGCCACUCGUUCUUGCCAGCACAUCCCCUCUCAUAACCCCCAUCCCAUCCCUCUGAUUCACAGUCUAACAAGGGAAAAUAAUAGCGUCACACACAAAAACUUCAUAUUCAGAGUUGGAAUUCACUGUCCCAGGGGGGUUGUGAUGGCGCUUGAUUCAUAGCUUACCAGUGGACUUCCCUCACUGUUCCAAAAGCAGCAAAAUAAGCAGUAAACACAAUUGUACAGUGGUGACAAGAGCACACUGACAUACACUAAAUAUAUUUUUUGUUUUUCUUCAUGUACUAUGUAACAAUGGUCUUCAUAUAGUCUGGGCUCUAAAGAGUUUUGGACAGUGAAUUCAUGCUCUAUAUGCACAUACACACAGAUACACACUUAUCAAAGCCUUGUCUGGGCAGAUUCCAUUGCCAGCAUACGUUGGCGGCGUAUGGAAUUUUUCUCCUAAAAAGUUAUUAUUUUAUAAUUACAUUUUUUUGUAAAUUUGCAAAAAUAUUAAACCCUCUUUUAAUGCAAAGUCAGAAAAAGAGCUUUUCCCUGAGAGAUGCCUUGUAGUGCAUCAAGCCUUAAUGAGCAAGUGAUUGUCUUAAAGAGUCACUGGCCUCUGAUCUGGGGUCGGGUCAAGGGUCAAAGGAAGGAUCCUGUGUAUGGAUCAGAUGGAUGUGAGCAGAUCACUAAUGUUUAACAUUGACACUCGUUUUCCAUGAUGCCGACAUUGUUUUGUUCACUAUAUGGCAAAACAUUUAAGGAUGCAAAUGGUAAUGUUCAAGUGUUUUAAUGUUAAUGAAUGCAUAACUAGUCUGAUUGUGUCUCUGCUUAAAGCAAGUUGAAGAUUUGGCCACUGUGCAAUGAACAAACAACAGACAGUCUAACAAAGAUCUUCACUUUUAGUGCUUAAAUAACUCUGGAUCAGAGUCCACUUAUAAUAGUAAUUAAAUUAGAAGUAAAAGUCUAAGUGCUGUCUUUGACCAGCUAGAAGUUCCACUCUGGAAAAUUUUCAUUUUGUCAAACAAGUAUUUAGGGAACUUUAGAAGUACCAUCAGCUGAUCAAUGUUGUGCUAUUACUUUGUAGUGGGUCACUUAUUUUGGUAAAUAGCUAAUUUACCAAAAAAUGAUUUAGUAGAUUGAAUGCAGAAUUGCAAAUAGACUGUGAUAAGAACAUCUUUCUGUGACUUUACACAGUGGCCAAAUGCUAAUCAACAUAACAUUAAUGUGGAAAGAACAACACAAAAUGAUAAUCUGUAAGUGCUAAUGAUUACGGACAAAAAAAAAGCAAAAAAGUGAUUGUCUAUCACAGCGUUCUGUGUGAAUUGUCAAUGUAAUAUUGCAGCUUUAAGUGUUAAAGAUCAUCGAAGGGUAAUCUGUAUUUCUUCACAUCUUUCAGUCAGUGCUCUGUGCUAUUUCCUAACCCCAGAUCAUAUUGUGUCACACUGAAAACACUACAGAGUCUGUGGUGGAAUAAGAUGAUUGUUGGAAAUAAUCAAUGAUCAAGAGUCAAAUAUAGUGCAUUGUAGUUAAAACUACUACCCUGUUCUGAACAGCUGAAAAUAGGAAGAGGAGGAGAGGAGAGAAGUAAGAUCAGAAAGGCAGUGUGAAAGUUAUUGCUCUUUAGAGAAAAGGGUCCUUCAUAUUCACAGUCUGGAGUGAUUGACAUCCAAGGACUGAAUUGUGCAAAUAGUGAUGGGAGGGAUGAGGGCAUACAGCACUCUUGGUUGGAAAGUUGUGAGUUAAAUUCAAGAUAUUCUUGAUUUUGUCGUCUUUUUUGGUGGAAUUUUUUACCUCCACUUCUUCAUUGUGAUUUCUUUCCACUUCUGUCUGCUGAAAUCUCAUGUCAAGGCCCUAAGACAUAAGAAGGGCAGGGUGAGGGGAAUUUGGGGAGAGGUGGGGUUUAAUGUGAGGUCCUAGUUUCUGAUUGGUUGUUUCUGGUUGAUUGUUCGAAAGCAGUCCAGCAUUUAAUUGGACGUAAUUAUUGCAGCGAGAAGAAAAUGAUUGAUAGGAUGGCAAAUCUGCCAGAUUAUUUUUCUUGGAAAAUAGAAUAUUUAUGUAUAUAUCUUCACCUUGAGAAGUAGUAGCCAUUAUUUUCUUUUUAAAUCCUUCAUAUGCUCUAUUUACAUUUCUAUAAGUUUUAAUGAGAAGGAUGCAGUACCUUCUUUACAUAUGAACAAAAUCCAGACAAGGCUUCUAUAUAUCAACAAAACCCGAAUCGUCUCC